AUGGCCAAUUAUACUAUUAGAAGAAACGCAUUUUCCCAUUUGAUUGGCUCCUCUAAUUUAUCACGCGUGAAGUGCUAUGGCCCGGGACUCUCACCAGGAGUUGUGGCUGGAAUUCCAACGGAAUUCACCAUUGAUGCUCGCGAGGCUGGUGGCUUGGCGCCAUUCGGUUGUGAGCUGAGAGACGACACUGGCGAACCGGUGCCUGUUCGAGUCCGAGAUAAUGGAGACCUCACUGCAACUGUCACGUACACUGCAAAGAAACCCAAAAAGCACACCGUCAUCCCAACCUACAACGGAGUCGCUGUUCCUCGUGCACCAUUCAGAGUUGAUGUUGCUGAACCUUGCAACCCAGGAAAUGUCCGAGUCUAUGGUCCGGGUGUUGAAUCCAUCACUCGAAAUGAGCCUACCCAGUUCACUGUGGACUGUCGUCAAGCCGGACCGGGAAAUGUUGGAAUCAGUGUUCGAGAUGAGGCUGGAAGAGAUGUUCCAAUGGAUACCAAGGACAUGCGUGAUGGCACCUUCAACGUAUCCUACACACCAACCACCGCCGGUCCGACGUACACUGUCCAAGUCUUCUUUGAGAAUACCGAGGUUCCAAGAAGUCCCUUCAAGGUUCCUGUCAAACCCAACGUUGACAUGAGUCGAGUUCGUGUCGACGGAUUAAGUCGUUUAAAUGAAUGCUACCUGCUUGUAGCAAUUCCUGUUGGAAAACCGACAACGUUUGAUGUUAAAACAGCUGGAGCAGGCCCGCCAAGUGCGCCAAAACCACGUCCAAAUGUCAUUGUGAAAGCACCUAAUGGAAUGCGAGUUCCAAGCCAGCUUGUAGAGACCCCUGAGGGUUACUCGGCAACCUUCACACCCACUCAACCUGGUCCGCAUCAAGUUGCAGUCGAUGUUGCGGGUGCACCAGUCAAAGGGUCACCUUUCCCUUGCACCGCAAUUCCAGUUCAAGAGAGCUCACUUGCGAGCACUAAAGCUCCUCCAGCUUUCGCUUCUCAACAAGACCCCUCAGGACUUGUUCAUGCCUAUGGAGAUGGUCUGCGCAAAGCCACUGCCAACGUACCUGCUCAUUUUACAAUUGAUAGUAGAGAGGCUCCCCCAGCACCACUUUCAGUGACUAUUGAAGGUCCAGCUGAGGCUCAAAUCAAUUAUACAGAUAAUGGUGAUGGCACUUGUGGAGUGGACUACCUUCCAGUUGAGCCUGGAGCCUACACUGUGAAUGUGUUGUAUAAGGAUAGGCACAUUCCUGGAAGUCCCUUCCCAGUUCAAGUUACACCAUCUGGAAGGGACUUUGUGGAUGUCUCCAAAGUUCGAGCCUAUGGACCUGGACUUCAACCAACGGGUGUGUUCAAGGAAUCCUUCGCCAAAUUCACUGUUGACGCCAAACUUAUUGAUCCUUCUGGAAGGGGUGUAGUGAAAGCAAUUGUUGUUGAUCCAAUGAAACAGAGAACCGCUUGCAUCGUUCAAAACCAGAAUGAUGGCACUUACAAAUGCAGCUAUUCGCCACUCGUUGAUGGGUUACACCAAGUUGAGGUAUUUUACGAUGGAAUGCCAGUUCCUGGAAGUCCAUUCAAAGUUCACGUGACUCCUGGAUGUGACCCAACUCGUGUCCGCGCCUAUGGACCAGGUUUGGAAGGUGGCUAUACUCACGAACCUCAACACUUCACUAUUGAUCUGGACGGUGCGGGCCAGGGUGGUCUUGGAUUGGCCUUGGAAGGUCCAGCCGACGCCCAAAUCAAUUGUGUGGACAAUAAAGAUGGUACUUGCUCUGUGGAGUAUCUUCCAACCAAGGCUGGCAACUAUGACAUGUUUAUCAAACUCAAUGACAUGGAUAUCCCUGGAAGUCCAUUCAAUAUCCCCAUUCGUGAUAGAAUCGACCCCAACAAAGUUCGUUGCUAUGGGCCUGGUUUGGAACCUAAUGGAGCACGUGCUGGAAUUCCAGCUACAUUCACUGUCGACGCAAGUCAGGCUGGCGAAGCUCCUGUUGUUGUCACUCAUACGGACAGAACUGGUCGUAAGGUUCCAGACUCAGUUGUCCCACGUCCAGGUCAACCCGGAGUAUACGAUGUGACCUACCUUCCAGAGAAUGAUGGUCCUUGCACAAUUGAAGUCAAGUUUGACAACUGUCAGGUGCCACGCUCUCCCUUCAUGCAGAAUGUUCUGCCCGCCUGUGAGCCCCAUAAAGUCCGCGUCACAGGAGAGGGUGUCCAUCCAAGUCGACCCGAAGGUCUUCCCGCCGGUCAGAUGACGACCUUCCAAGUGGAUACACGUGAAGCUGGAUCAGGAGAUCUUGAACUCACCGUAACUGAUUCUGAACAGCGUCCACUUCAAUUGGAAGUUGCUGAUCAUGGCGACGGCGUUUACACUUGUCAGUACAUUCCCGAAGAAGCCUGUUUGCAUUAUGUGGACGUCAAAUUCGGUGGUCGGGAGAUUCCGGAGAGUCCAUUCUGUGUCAAGGUUCACCCAACAGGUCGGCCCGAUCUCUGCCGUAUCGAAGGAGGAAAUGAUCCACGAAUCCCAAUCUUCCAGCCUUGUGCUAUUACCGUUAAUCCACUUGAAGCUGGUCCAGCUAAGGUCAUGGGUCGUGUGAUUGCUCCAACAGGUCAGCCAGCUGAAGUUCAAACUGUGAACCUCCCAAAUGGCAAAGUUAAUGUCUGCUACACUCCGCAGAUGAUUGGAGACCAUAUGGUUGAAAUAUUCUGUGGUGGCCAAGUUAUAACUGGUGGUCGAUUCAACCAGAAGGCGGUAAAUAUGGAGGAAUUAAUUCAACCUGUUUCAGAUGAGCGCGUUGAACGUGUUCCUAUUCAAACAAUGCAUUCAACCACUUUGACACAGUUCCACGAGUCAACAAAGACAACUGGCUACUAUCCCAUUGACUUCAAACUCCCAGUUGGAUCCAAGUUUGGCAAUCUGGAAGGUUAUGUUCGAACGCCAGGAGGAAGAACAAUUCGCCCAACUUUGCUAGACAAUGGCGAUGGAACUGUCACAGCACAAUUCCAACCAACAGAAGCUGGUCUUCAUGAACUUGAGAUCACUUUCAACGGCACACCAAUUGAAGGCAGUCCCUUCCGCUUUUAUGUCGAACCGGUUGGUUCUGGCCGAGUCACUGCAUAUGGGCCUGGUCUAAGCCAUGGACGUGUUGGUGAACCGGCUGAAUUCACCCUGGUAACAAGAGAAGCAGGAGCAGGUGGACUCUCGAUUGCUGUGGAGGGACCUUCCAAAGCUGACAUCGUUUGUCGUGACAACAAGAAUGGAACUUGCUCAGCAAGUUACUUGCCUCUGGCUCCUGGAGAAUAUACCAUCACCAUCAAAUUCAUGGAUCAACACAUUCAAGGCUCACCAUUCACUGCCACUGUUAUGGAGGAUCCAAUGCGAAUGACACAAGUGAUGGUGGGUACGACAAGUGAAGUUCCCCUUCGAAUUUCCGAGGCCGAUAUUUACAAUCUCACCGCAACUGUCACAAGCCCCUCGGGAAUUGAGCAGCCCUCAAUGAUCAAACGCUUACCUAAUGGACAUUUAGGAAUCUCAUUCACACCUCGCGAAAUUGGUGACCACUUGGUGAAUGUCUUCCGAAACGGUCGUCCAAUUCCAAACAGUCCAUUCAAGAUCUACGUUGGGGAGUCCGAACUUGGAAACGCCGGACGCGUUCGUGUCUAUGGCCGGGGUCUUCGUGAGGGUCUAGCCAAUCAAAACUGCCAAUUCACCGUCGAUACACGCGACGCUGGAUUUGGAGGUCUUAGCCUCUCAGUUGAGGGUCCUAGCAAGGCUGACAUUGAGUGUCAUGAUAACCAGGAUGGCACAUGUUUGGUCACCUACCUCCCGACGGAACCGGGUACAUACAUAAUCAAUAUUAAAUAUGCAGAUGAACCGGUUCCUGGUAGUCCAUUUGCUGUCAACAUCGGCGGGCAUCCCUCAUCUGCUCGUGUUAUGGAACGUAUCACACGUCAAAGGGAGGUCGCUGAGGCCACUCACGUUGGUAGCCAAUGCGAGCUCAAUCUCAAAAUUCCAGGAGUAAACGUGUUAGACCUGACGGCAGUAGUGACAAGUCCUUCUGGUCGGACUGAACGCUGCAUGAUUACGGAAGUUGAUCCAAAUAAUUACUGCACUCGAUUCGUGCCCCAAGAGAUGGGCGUGCACACGGUGUCUGUACGUCACCGCAACGCUCAUGUACCCGGAAGCCCCUUCCAGUUCACUGUCGGACCAAUCACAGAUGGAGGAGCGAAUAAAGUUCGAGUCAUCGGUCAAGGAAUCCAACGUGGUUACAUCAAUAGCAACAAUGAAUUCAACAUCUACACGCGUGAAGCUGGGGCUGGCAACCUCUCGAUUGCAAUAGAAGGCCCAAGCAAGGCCGAAAUUGACUUCGAGGAUCGAAAAGAUGGUUCGUGUCUCGUUUCCUUCCGCGUCUCUGAACCGGGUGAAUAUUUGUGCUCCAUUCGAUUUAAUGAUGAACAUGUUCCUGGGUCACCGUUCCGUUUGGAAGUCGAGGAUGUAAACGGUUACUACGCCACUGAAAACCGUCAACUCAGUGUAGCCGCCGUUCAAGAUAGAGGACUCCAGGUAGAUUGGGAUGGAUUACCUAAAUUAUCGAAAGGCAUUUGUCAUGUCUAUUCUAGAUGUAUUGAGUUAAAUAACUUUCACUUCAAAGUGAGCAGUUUGAUUGAUGUUACACACUGA